UGUCGCUUUAAGGAGGAACCCUGCAUUGGUUAUUAUUACCAUCUGACGGACAUAACGGUAGGCCACCCUACGCAUAGCUGGAAACUGGAAAACCAUUCGCUGGGUCUGUUCGCCACACAUAGACACCCGUUCCGAAACGUUACCGUUACAAAGGUCUACUAUCACGAGUGGUGACUACUUUUUCCGUCGACGUUGAUGUCGCUUCCUCCUCGGUAGAGAGUCGUUAUUUUUCUUAUAUUGAAUCGAGAGCUUAUCGCAAGACAAGAUGGCAGAGAUGGGGAUGGGGAAGGGGGUUACUGCGGGGAAACUUGCCAGUAACGUGCAGAAAAAAUUAACACGGGCCCAAGAGAAGGUAAUGCAGAAGUUGGGUAAAGCAGAUGAGACCAGAGAUGUUGCAUUUGAGGAAGGAGUGAUCAACUUCAACAAACAAUAUACAGAGGGAUCCAAACUGCAAAAAGACCUCAGAGCCUACCUGGCUGCAGUACAAACGAUGCACGAAUCCUCCAAGAACCUUCAGGAGUGUCUGUCUGACAUGUACGAGCCGGAGUGGUACGGCAAAGAUGACUUGGACUCCAUCGUUGAGGACACUGAUGUUCUGUGGACCGACUUCCAUCAGAAGCUGGUGGAUAAUGCUUUGAUAUCUAUGGACACGUAUCUUGGACAGUUCCCUGAUAUUAAGUCUCGUAUUGCAAAGCGUGACAGGAAGCUUGUGGACUACGACAGCGCCAGACACAACCACUCUUCUACCAAUAAGGGGAAGAAAGGAAAGGACGGGGGUAUCAAGAUCACCAAGCCAGCAUCUCUGUUGGAAAGGGCCACACCGGUUUGGGCUCAGGGCAUCCUGUCAGCCCACAACAUUGCUCAGAGUAACCUCUCCAGGAACCAGGCGGAGGACGAGUUGGAGAGAGCUCAGAAGGUGUUUGAGGAGAUUAAUGAAGAUUUGCAGGAGGAACUGCCCUCACUAUGGAACAGUCGAGUCGGCUUCUACAUUAGCACCUUCCAGAGUAUGUCUGGCUUUGAGGAGAAGUUCCACAAGGAGAUGGGGAAGCUCGACCAGAAUCUGUACGAUAUUCUUGUCAAACUGGAGAAACAGGACAUGUCUGGUGAGCUCCCCAGAGGAGCAGAUCCAGCCAAUCACACUCUGAGUCCAGGUGGACCGCCACCCAUCCCUAAGUCCCCCUCUAAGCUGAGACCAGUGAUGCCGCCGCGGCCUGAAUCCAGCCCCUGUCGGGACAUGAAACCAGAAAACAUCAUUAACCUGUUUGAUGCUGCUGCUGCUCCUAACAUCAGUGUUACGUCCCCAACACAGUUUGACAGCACUGCAGGGGCCAACCUGUUGGACAUGGACCUGUCCAUCCUGGCUGCACCAAGUCAUGGUGGCACAGCCGUGUCCUCAGCCUCCCAGGCGGUAUCAUGGGACACAUGGGAGCCUGAGGAAACUGCUGCUCCGCCAGAGGAGCCCCAGGGCUGGGAUGAUGACGGUACCCUGCCGGUGCGUGCUGCCGGCUGGGAUGAUGACGGUACCCUGCCGGUGCGUGCUGCUGGCUGUGGGGAUGACGGUACCCUGCCGGUGAGUGCUGCUGGCUGUGGGGAUGACGGUACCCUGCCGGUGAGUGCUGCUGGCUGUGGGGAUGACGGUACAGCUGCCACCACAGCAGGCUGGGAUGACGAUGGCUCUCUACCUGUGAGGGUGGAUGACUCCUGGGGGGACGAUGGCUCUCUACCUGUGAGGGUGGAUGACUCCUGGGGGGACGAUGGUGUUGCUGAUGCCACUGCUUCCGCUGCCGUGGCUGAGUCUGAGGCUGCUGGUUGGGAUGAUGAUGAUGAGGAGGGGGUGCCCCAGGCUGACACACUUACGACUCCUGCAGCCCCUACACCUGCAGCCCCUACAGCUGCAGCCCCUACACCUGCAGCCGCAGCACCAGAAGAGACCCCUGUUGUGGCAGCAGCAGCAACCAACGGGGAUUCAGAGACGGUAGAAAUGCCUCCAGGAUUCCUCUUCAAAGUGACCACCAUGCAUGACUAUGCUGCUAAUGACUCGGAUGAGCUGGAGAUGAAGGCUGGAGACAUAGUGCUGGUUGUGGCCUUCGACAACCCAGAAGAACAGGACGAGGGCUGGCUGAUGGGGAUGAAGCAGGAAGACUGGAUCCAGAAUAAACAGAGCUCGCUCAAAGGGGUGUUCCCCGAGAACUUCACCUCCAGGCUGUGAGAGAGGAGACGCCAUAUUUAUUCUCCUCUGACUUCUCUCUCGUCCACAAGAUCCUUUAUUAUCUCCUCUCCUCUCCUCACCCCUGCCCUCCCCUCCCCUCCCCUCCCCUCCUCUCCUCUCCUCUCCUCUCCUCUCCUCUCCUCUCCUCUCCUCUCCUCUUCUCUUCUCUUCUCUUCUCCUCUCUCUCCACCAGAUUCUUAUUUUCUCUGUCUCUCUCUGACCCAAUUCCCUGUGCCAUCCUCCCUUCCCUUUCCUAACCUCUGGGUUUGUGCCAGCGUGAUACUGUAGGUAUCGGCAUGAGAAACAGCACUGCAUCGUCAGCUGUCUCUUCUGUAUCCAUGUCUAGCAUGGUGUACAAGCUGGUUAGAAGUAUUUUUUAUUUUUUUUGGGGGGGGGGGUUCCUGAGGCUAUAGGGUCAGAUUGUGGCAUAUCAGUUGACUUGUUCACUUGUUUUAAAUCGCCAUAAAACAGAAAUAUGUUUCAGUAUACGUACAUACUAUCAAGAGGUGUUUUACAAAGGAGUUUAUCUAGUGUUCUUUAUCAUCUUUUUCCAACACAAUCACUCAGAAAAGACAUUGAAGAUGACCCUUAGGGCUUUACAGAGGGCGUAACCUCUCAGAGAAACUCCUCUAGUGGCUGAGGCAUCACACCAUAAUACCAGCCAUAAGAGACCUUAGACCUUUUUGAUAUGACUCGUUGGCUUUCUCCUCAACCCUUUCACCUACUAAAGUAUGUUUGUGUCAAGGUUACCAGGUGUUGUGAUGAUUCCAGGUUGCCAGGUGUUUUGAUGAUUCCGGGUUGCCAGGUGUUGUGAUGAUUCCGGCUUGCCAGGUCUUGAGAUGAUUCCGGGUAACCAAGGUGUUGUGAUGAUUCCGGGUUACCAGGUGUUGUGAUGAUACCGGGUUGCCAGGUGUUGUGAUGAUUACGGGUUGCCAGGUGUUGUGAUGACUCUGGGUAACCAAGGUGUUGUGAUGAUUCCAGGUUGCCAGGUGUUGUGAUGAUUACGGGUUGCCAGGUGUUGUGAUGAUUCCGGUAACCAAGGUGUUGUGAUGAUUCCGGGUAACCAAGGUGUUGUGAUGAUUCCGGGUUGCCAGGUGUGGUGAUGAUUCCGACUUGCCAGGUCUUGAGAUGAUUCCGGGUAACCAAGGUGUUGUGAUGAUUCCGGGUUACCAGGUGUUGUGAUGAUACCGGGUUGCCAGGUGUUGUGAUGAUUACGGGUUGCCAGGUGUUGUGAUGAUUCCGGGUAACCAAGGUGUUGUGAUGAUUCCGGGUAACCAAGGUGUUGUGAUGAUUCCAGGUUGCCAGGUGUUGUGAUGAUUCCGGGGUUGCCAGGUGUUGUAAUGAUUCUUUCCUGAAGAGACUAAAUAACCCUCGCCCUGUUCUAUACUGUGUGUAAUUGUCACCUGAAUUUAACUCUACAUUCCUGCAUCAUUUAACCCUUAAAAUAUUAAGGAAGCAGACUAUCUGUGUAAGGACACUAAAUAUGGUUGUGUUUUGGUUCCUGAAGGUGUAACAAUAUAGAUCUAAGUCCAUGUGCACUGAUAGGGAUAUGCAGUUUAUUUUGAGAAAUGUGUGUUAUGUUUUUUUUUUCUCUUGAUGUUAAGUAACUCUGACCCCUUUCUGUGGUUGGUGAGGCUGGUAGUUUUAUGGUCCAGAUUAUUCGUCCUUCAGAAUAAAAAACGAUUCAUUUUUUUUGUAUGAUCAUGGAAGAUAGGAAAACUGUCAACUCGGAGAUGUUAAUAAUAUCAUAGAGAUAUUGUUGUCUUCUCCGUAUACCAUGUGCCCCAGUGCAGUGUGACUUCUGUCAUCUAGGUUGCUGUAUGUGGGAGUGUUUGUGUAUGUACGUGAGUGCGUGCGUGCGUGAAUCCGCGAAUGUGUGUGUGUGUCCUUUUCAUACAGAGAACUUUCGUCCCUCCUUUCGGCUGUACCUCUCAAUUUAUUUAUGCGCUAUUGUCAUUGCUUUCACUUCCUCCCGUGUGGUGAUUGGAUAAGACAAUUUUACAGGAGCCAUUCUGAUUUGAUUAAGGACUCAGGAGAGACCAAUUCUACUCAGUCAUAUUUAAAGACUUUCUGUUUUGUUUGUUGCUGCUGGUGUUAUUAUCAUCGUGUAUUUAUCGUGUAUAUUUCGUGUAUUUUAACGAGCCGUGACAAACAUAUUAAUCAUAUCUGUGUAUGUGAGUAAAUGUGUCAAGGAGCAUGCCAAAUGAAUUCCAUGUGUCGUGUAUUAUAGGAGCGAUCCUCUUUCUAGGAACUCGUUUAAAGGGCAAGACCUUGUUCCUUCUGAUUACUAUUGGAGACCGAUAGUAAUAAACAGAUAUUUAGAAGCUCAA